ACCACCCACCACCCACCUCCCGCACGAACACAGCCCCACUCCACCUCCACCUUCUUCCGCGCUCCCCGCCCCCCGGGUCCCAGCCUCCUUCCCCCGACCUCCUUCCUUGCGCGUCGCCGCCGCGCUGCCGUGACCCUGCCGCCGCAGCACCCCACCCACCAUUACCUGCCGCCGCCCACCACCACCUACCGGGAUCUGGCCGGCAACCACGGGAUCGAUCCCGACCACCACGGAUUCCCACCCCACACCACCACCUCCACCUCCACCUCCCGUCCCGCACACCCCAAAAUCCCGGCCACUGCCGCCUCGCCUCCUCCUCCUCCUGCCCGGCGCGGCCCUCCUCCCACCUGGCGCCGCCCCGCCUCCUCCUCCCGCCCGGUGCAGCCCCGCCUCAUCCUCCUCCCGCCUGGCGCGGCCUCCUUCCACCUGGCGCCGCCUCGUCUCCUCCUCCCGGCCGGCGCGCCUCCGUCCCGCAGCGCCGCCCUGGCGAUGGCCCCGGCCCCGCCCCACUCCAGCCACGGCAGUUUUUUCUACUACUGUGAGUGUGUGUGCAGUCCACCGGCCCCCUCCUCUGCUUCAGAUCCCGUGCAACCUUCCGAUGCAGUUCGUCGCACCAACCCCCUGCAGCUCUCUCCUCCCCAAUCCAUGGACCCCGCGCCGGAUCCGGGUUCUUCCCUCGUGCAUCGUCCUCUUCUCGCACCGAUCCCCGCCAUGGUCGCGCGGAUCCCCGAGAGUUCGAGGUGUGCCACCCCCGCCGUGGUCCUGCCUACUUCCCCUCCUUCCCUGCUACACCAGCAGGGCGUCGGUCACAGGAUCUGCCUCCCCCUAUUUGCAGCUCCUUUGUUUCUUUUUUGCAGCUCGCUAAGUAUAAUUUUGAAGUUCAGUGAGAUCCAUGCGCGCCGGAUCACGCGUUGCCGACCCCCCUGCAUGCCUCCUCGCAUGCGAGGUGCUGUGCUGUGUAGGGAGGUGUCUACACCAGCGUCGGCGCCCGUCCACCACGUUGUUGCAUUUAAUUGCUUGUCCAGCUCUCUUAUGUCCCCGUCAUCGCCCACAUCGGAGGCUCUGCCAUCGCUGGAUCCCGGCAUCCCCGGGCCCUGCAGGAGGGAUACCGACAUCAACGUCCCCUUCCCUGACCAUCUAGAAGGAGGUGGUCGUCCCUGUCUGUCGCUGCAGUCCGCACGGUGGGCGUCCGCAGCACAUCGCCGACAAAGGUGGAUCCAAGGGGCACCCGUGCAGUCCACUGCGUGGGUGCACGCAGCAUGCCGGCACUCCCCUUUGCAGUCCAUAAUGUGGGUUCAGCCCAUAGCGGCAUGCAGCUCUGCCCAUGGGCAUAUGAAGAGAUGGCGGACAAAAAAAGAGGGAGAAAUGAGUCUCAAGCACAUACUGCGUGAGCACCUCGGUUAGCCGGCGAUCUGCAGUAUGUUGAAUGGUAUCACUCCAGUUCACAUCGCCCCAUGGUCGACUCCGGCGGCCUGCUUUGGUCGCCUUCUUGCUGCAGUUUUGCUAUUGCACGACAUACGAUUCAAUAGCGCCAGUAGGGUCGCGUGGGGAGGACUACACCUUCAGGAGGUGGUGUUUGCGAACAAUCCAGAGGCCCAAUUCAUUUUUGAAAAAUUUGUUUGAGACUUGUUAUGUAAACUGCAGAAGCUUGUUUGUAAAAUAGUUACCCUAAUGUAGUUCGUUGUAAAUCCUAAAGAGGCUCAUUUUGUGGGCAAGUAAGACAAAAAAAUCCACGAGAGGUUCACUUC